AUGCUUACAUUGGGUACUUCGUCAUACGUCGGAUUCAAAACAUUUGGUCUGGGCAAACAUUUGCAGCUGACGGAUAUUAAUUCAGGAAAAGAAUAUUAUUCGAUCAAACACGUUCUUAAUCCACUUGGUCUCGCCAAAUAUGAAAUUCGUCAAAACAAUCAACUCGUCGCUGAUGUGAAGCGUAAAGUGAAAUGGACUGGACUUGGCACCAAAUUCAAGGUGACAUCCAAACUUGGCACGUUCAAGGUUUCAGGAAACUUCCGAGCGCAAGAUUUCAAAAUAAAAAAAGAUGGUAAAUUGGUUGCAACAGUUUCAAAAAAGUUCUUCUCUUUUCAUGACAAGUACGGCGUCAAAAUUGAACGAGGUGAAGAUGCACCAUUUCUUCUCAGCUUGGUUGUCGUGCUCGAUGAAGUCACCCACGAUUAA